AAAGGAAAUACCAAAGAAAAGUUGCAUUCCGCAUCAGCUUCGUGCACAGCAGGAACUGGAUUCUGCUGCAAUGACACAACUCCUGCUCCCUGCAAGGAUCUUACGAGAGUUUUUCGUCAUGGCGGCAACUACGGAUGGAAGCAGCGUUGCUCCAGCAAGUGCACCAGACUGGGAAAAGUGGCUUCCCUUCUGCAAGCAGCUGCCCAAGGUGGAGCUGCACGCGCAUCUGAAUGGAUCCAUCCGAGACGCCACCAUCAGGGAGCUGGCAGACAAGCGAGGCCCUAAGGGGCUUCUUGCGGAGGACGCCCACACGCUGACCAGCAAAGGUGACCGCAGUCUUGCGGACUGCUUCAAGCUCUUUGACGUCAUCCAUCAGCUAACCACUGAGCAUGACACCAUCACGCGCAUCACACGGGAGGUUGUUGCGGACUUUGCAGCUGACAGCGUCGUCUACCUCGAGUUGAGAACCACACCAAAGCACAGGCCGGAAGUUGGCAUGACAAAACAGUCUUAUGUUGAAGCGGUGCUCGCGGGAUUGAUGGACGCUAAGAUUGCGACGAACGACGAUCCUCCACAGCCCCCAUCCUCGCAAAAAGCGGAGAUGUUGGAAGAUACUCGAGAAGCGACCAGUCGAAGUAACGGAGCGAAGGCAGCUACUUUUGAUGAGCGGCGCACAGGCAUCAUAGUGGGCUUGAUCCUGAGCAUCGACCGGAGAGAAAGCGGGGAGGCAGCUCUCGAAACGGUCCAACUCGCACAUUCUUUGCGACAUCGGGGAGUCGUGGGGAUCGAUCUCUCUGGGAAUCCGACAGUCGGAAGCUGGGCUACGUUUUUGCCGGCGCUCCAGUGGGCUAGGGCGUACGGGUUGCCCCUCACCUUGCACUGCGGAGAGGUGCCGAACGCGGAGGAAGUGCGGGCGAUGCUGGCGUUCCGGCCGGAGAGAGUGGGCCACGUUUGCUGCUUGGCGGAGCCGGAAUGGCAGCAACUGCUAGACGCGAAAAUCCCGGUGGAGGCUUGCCUGACGUCCAACAUCAAAACGGAGAGCAUCAGCAGCUUCGCAGCGCAUCACUUUGCGCUCUUGUACAAGGACGAUCACCCGGUCGCUAUCUGCACGGACGACUCCGGUGUAUUUUCCACGUCCCUCUCGCAAGAGUACGCAAUCGUUGCUGCGUCUUUCGGUCUUACUGCGGACCACGUCUUCUCAGUCGCAAGGCAUAGCGUUGAGUACAUAUUUGCUUCGGAGAGUGUCAAGCAGAAACUUAGAAGGACUUUUGUGCGCGGUCAGACCCACAAACAAUAAGACCUCAGUCCGCGAUCUCUCAGUGUCCAGCUUGCAUCCGUCGAUGAACUAUAAUUGAUGUAAGAAGUUGGUCAACAUGUCAGCCGCAGUUGACAGGGCAUGGAUCCGACACGCAUGCAUAUCUUGAAGGAUGUGCAGACCGAC